UUUGCUCAGCCGUGACCACUGAUCGCUUCAUAAAAACUCAAUUCACUUACAAAACCUAAAUCAAAAUCUUUCUGACAGUUUAUGCCGUGUUACUUUCUCUCAUAACGUAGUGAUAUUUACGGGGACGAAUACUGACUUGUAUAAAUCUCGUGUCUUCGCGCAGCCGCGGACUGACCGUAUCUACCAACAUAUAAUAUACCUAUUAAUGACUGUAUCUGCACCUUCAAUCAAUAUGCGACUAAAUAUGCGAAGAUGCCGCGAAAAAAGCUUUUUAUAUCCAAUCCUAAUACUUCUGUGUAUGCUACUAUGUGGUGUUAUUGUAAAGAAUAAAAGCAAAAAUAAUAUACCGAAUGACAUUGAAAAAAGUGAAAAGGUAUUAUUAGUAUUACCGACGUUACUGAUGGCGUGCAACGUGCGGUUUUUAAAACGAUCUUUGAAAAGUCUUCAGUUUUUCAGACCAGAUACAAAAUCCUUCCCUAUUAUAGUAACCUCCAAGUCCUCCAACUGUUAUUCCAAACAAACGCAUAAGAUGGUUAUGAAAUCAUUCUACCAGAAGGAACUCACCACCACCUUUUUGGAAAUACCGAGGCACGUUUCUGGUCAUCACUAUAAGUAUGCCCUUAACUAUGUCUUCAAGACUCUAAAGCACAAAGCAGUUAUCAUCCUUGAAGACAACUUGGAUAUAUCUCCUGACUUCUUUGAGUAUUUUCUCGGGACUUACCCACUUUUGAAGAAAGAUCCCAGCAUAUGGUGUGUGUCGGCAUGGAAUGACAACGGCAAUAGAGGAUUAGUGGAGGUAAACCAAGCUCAUUUGUUGCACCGGACGGACUUCUUCCCAGGAAUGGGUUGGAUGCUCUUAUCUGAAACAUGGAAUGAGAUAGAGUCAAAUUUACCGGAGACUUUUACCUAUAAAUUUCUGCGCAAUCCAGCUGUCACACAAGGACGUGUAUGUAUUAGGCCGGAAAUAUCAAGGACUUAUAAAUUUGGGGUAUAUGAAUCGAACAAAGUUAAACAUGUGCCCUAUCGUCAUUAUGACAACAAGCAAAGAUUAUUGAACAUACAAUUUAUACCAUUCACCCGGCAAAAUCUUUCUUAUUUGCAUAAAGAAAAAUAUCAAUUAUAUUUAAAUUUGGUAUACUCUUUUCCGGAAACAACAGCGGAAGAUGUUAUAACUGGAAAAGUAAAUAGUAGUUUAAAAUAUGUCCGGAUACCUUAUUCCAACGCUGCAAUGUUUAGAACAGCGGCGAAGACGAUGGGUCUUAUGGAUGACUUAAGCCAUGGUGUGCCUCGCACAGGGCUAUAUGGAAUUGUGGAGUGCUUCAUCAAUAACCACCGGGUAUACUUAGCACCCGUCCGUAAACAAUUCAAGCCAACAACAGACAAUUAGGCAAAAAAAAAAAUUUAUCUUUCCAAUUCAGUUAUGUUUAACCCAGCCUAAGUAGGGGACACCACGGAAAGUUGACACAGUUGACACAUUAAAUAUAUAAACAAACUUAGGUUAGUAAGUAUAUACUGAAAAAAAAACAUAAACAUUAAAUAAAAAAUAA